GGAAGAUGUCUAGCUGUGACAAUAACCUGUCACUUUGUUUCAGUUCCCGACUCGUCUUCCUGAUAGGUUCCYAUAUAAUGACCUACAAACAUAUACUAUUUCAACAGAUUCGAGCAUUCGAACGUACCGUUACGCAAUGGUGCGUCUUUUAUUCUUCAUAGUGCUUGUUAAUGCUUAUUGCAGGCCAUAUGGCGAAUGUUCUACGCCGGAUAACGGCACUACUAAAUCAAAUGCCACAGCGGAGUCAAAUAAGGUGGAAAAUAGCUCUACGUCAUUUACCAAUGGRACAAAGAAUGAAAUCACGGAGAGCAUACUUGAGAAAACUAACGCAGCUCCAGCCUUACCACAACCAGGAGACUGCGACUUUGACAAGGACUGGUGUAACUGGCAAAAUUUAAUUGACGACAAAUUCGACUGGACUAGACAUAGCGGGCGGACCGGAAGCAGCAGUACUGGGCCUGAAUUUGACGUCAGCGGAAAAGGUAGCUAUGUGUACACAGAAGCGUCAUGGCCUAGAAGACCAGGGGAAAUAGCACGCCUUGUUAGCCCAGUGCUAAAUGGUACCCUAUGCAUGCGCUUUCAUUACAGUAUGUACGGUCGUUUCAUGGGAGAUUUACAGAUAUAUGUACAAGAUAACAAGACAAUGAUAUUCUUGUGGGGACGCUACAAAAACCAAGGUUCAGGAUGGCACUCUACUAACGUUACGGUGUACGGCACAAAUUAUAAGGUAUUAUUCAUGGGACGAGUCGGAAAGUCAUACACCAGUGAUAUGGCAAUAGAUAAUAUCACUUUUGUGAAUGGUACGUGUGAUGGUCUCCCAUUGUUCUCUGCUAUCAGUCGACAGGAUCCAUACAUGCAUAAACAAGAAGGAGAAUUUGGCAGUUGUAAUUUUGAUGGUGGGUUCUGUGAAUGGAUCAACGUCCAUUUAGAAGACAACUUUGACUGGACUUUACAAGAAGGACGGACCGCAACUGUAGAUACGGGGCCUCUUGUGGACCAUACAACCGGCAAAGGUAAAUAUCUAUUCAUCGAAUCAUCGCAUCCUCAAACUCGUGGUCAACUAGCGCAACUCAUCAGUCCUCGUCUAUGUGGGGCAAUGUGCCUACAGUUAUUCUACCAUCUCUAUGGCUCACAGAUGGGUGAGAUUGCUAUCUACCAAAGGAGRGGGUUAAAGACCGAUGACAGGAUUUGGGGUGCCAAAGGAGAACAUGGUGAUGUCUGGAAUGAAGCUCUAAUCGAUAUUUCAGGCAAUUGUUAUCAGAUUGUCAUUGAAGGGAAGAUAGGAAAAGGUUAUCUCAGUGACGCAGCUAUUGAUGACAUCAUUUUAACCAAAGGAACAUGCUGUCAAAAACGGUACAGACACUUCGACAUCUCAAAAGGAWACUGUUCAUUUGAUUAUGGAUUUUGUCAGUGGCGAAACGACCUCGACCGCGAUGAUUUUGAUUGGACCUUAUUGGACAAACAAACACCGAGUGCAGAAACAGGACCUGAAGGACCGUAUAACAGCAAAGGCAAUUACGCUUUUGUUGAGUCAUCUGAACCUCAUAUUCCUGGAGACAAGGCAAUUUUAGUCAGUCCAGUGCURAGAGGCCCGGUGUGUCUAAGGUUUAAAUAUCAUAUGUAUGGACAGCACAUAGGAUCACUUGCAAUAUACCGACACGGUAGUGGUGUACAUAGACGCUUGCUUUGGAUUCGCAAGGGAAACAUGGGGAAUUUAUGGCGUAUUGCUACUAUCAACAUUGCCUGCGGAGAACCUUUAUUCCAGAUUGAAUUCGAAGCCAUUAUAAACGGUUGGAGAAGCGACAUUGCCAUUGAUGACAUUCAGUUUGGUCAACAAAUGUGCAACAAGACAAAAGAUGCACCUAUAAUUCUUGAAACAACCGUUCCUACCACUAUCCCACUAACCACUGGUGAUUGUACAUUUCCUGGGACAUUUUGUGAAUGGAAAAACGACCGCGACGAUAACUUUGACUGGGAGAUAGGAAGUGGAAGAACACCUUCAUCAAUGACAGGACCAGGGAAAGAUAUAGAUGGAAACGGCCACUUUUUAUUCAUUGAAGCGUCAAAGCAUCUCUAUCGACACAAAGCCAGUCUAACCAGCGGCUACAUGAAAGGAAAAAAAUGCGUAACGUUUUAUUAUCACAUGUUUGGGGGUGGARUAGGAAGCCUAUCAAUAAAAGUCAUUUCGAAUACAAAUUACAAGAGAUUAGUGUGGUUCCGAUCUGGUAACCAGGGAUCACAAUGGAUGAAAGCACAUGCAAGMACAGAUAUGAAACAUAUAUAUAAGGUUUCGAUAAUAGGCGAGAUAGGACGAACUAGCCAAGGAGACAUUGCCAUCGAUAACAUAUCAUUCAAACCAGGCCGAUGUACAUACACACAAGACACUAUUGCAGACAAUGUACAAUCUAUCCAUGCUACUCCAACGAUUGCAUUUGAUGACCGACCUGAAAACUGUAMCUUCGAAAAAUUUCAUACGUGUAGAUGGAUAAACGUUMAAAACGACGAGUUUGAUUGGAAAUUGUGGAAAGGUGCAACACCAUCAAGAAUGACAGGACCUACCUUUGGUCAUGGGGGAAAAGGUAUAUACAUAUAUGCUGAAGCUACAUCCCCACGAAUGUUUGGAGAUUCUGCUCGUAUCAGUUUGUCACGAGGUGCGUCCAUUUCAUGUAUGCGGUUUUACUACCAUAUGUAUGGUGUCAACAUGGGUACUUUAAACCUCCUAAUGAUCAAUUCAAAUAACAUCAAAACAAUCUGGACGCAAAAAGGUGAUCAAGGAGGUCUGUGGAAAGGGGUUAAAGUGACAAUCGAUAGCAGCUCGUCAUACAAGGUGAUCUUCGAGGCAGUAGUCGGCAAAGGUUUCCAAAGUGAUAUUGCUCUUGACGAUAUAACAUUUAGUGAUGGGCCUUGCGKCGAACUGUCACCGUCGCAACGGCUCUCUACAACAAACUCAUCGUCAGACUCUAUGCAAGCCGAUUGCCCAAGCUGUGCAAAAAAAAGAUGGAACUAAAAAGCGUAUUCCACAAAUGUGCACUCAUAACCAAAACGUAUUCGCAGGUGAAUUAUAAUUUAAUCCCAAUUACUUUCGGAACAACAGAAAAUUGAGAGCUUAUGGAUAUGCUGUUUUAUUUCGAUUGUUAUCGUGCCCGGUCGGCAAGUUGCCAGCAGUCUGCUCUUUUAGGGAAUGUACCGCUCCUAAAAUCCGCGAACCGCCGCGGCAAUUCAUAGUUCGGACAAAUCAAACGCGUAAUUCGCGCGCGCUGGAUUGGCCAAUCACAAUAGAGGACACGUAAUGGCAGUCAUGUUGUCCCACAAAAAAUGUAAACAAACUCGGAUCGGAGGGCGAAUUUGAGAUGGUUUUGAGAUGUUGCUGGGCACUUAUGAGCGCUAGCCAGCCAGGUGAAAUGGAGGACGAUUUAUUUUGAUUCCCAAGUCAAAAACGUAUCAAGAAAAAUGCUUGAAUUGGAUCAAAA